AUGGAGAGCGGGAAAGAGAAACCGAAGGUGUAUCAAGGUGUCCGGGUGAAGAUAACAGUGAAGGAGCUGCUUCAGCAGAGAAGAGCACACCAGGCAGCCUCGCGGGGAACCCUGCCUGGGGACAACGGCGUCCACCUUUCAGACCCAGUCCCACCAUCUUCUGCAGGGCUGUAUUUUGAGUCUGAACAAGUUUCUUCCAUGUCCAAUUAUUUUCAAGCCCGAGAAUUUUCCAGUUGUGUUUCUUGUGAAGAAAAUACAAGCUGCCUCGACCAGGUCUUUGAUUCCUACCUUCAGACAGAGACACACCUGGACCCUUCGCUCAAUUCCACGCAGAGCACUCCACACUAUUUCCCUGACAGCUUCCAAGCUGCCCCUUUCUGCUUUAACCAGAGCCUGACCCCAGGAUCGCCUUCGGAUUCCUCCACUCUGUCGGGUUCCUUAGACUACAGUUACUCGCUGGCUCAGCUACCUUCGUGUGCUCCGGAGAAUUACAAUUCUCCCCCUUCUCUGGACACCAGAAACUGUGGCUAUCCCUCAGAAGACUACUCCUACUCGCACUUGCCCUCGUACACCCAGUACGACUGCUUCUCCUCAGCCAGCACCUCAGUCUGCUACUGUGCGUCGUGUGAGGAAGAACACUUGGACACCCUCAGAGCAGCGGAGUAUUUCUCCUACCCCGGCACAGACUAUGUGAACUUUGCCCCCUCAGCCGCCGCGGCCAGCGAGUUCUAUAAGAGGGGAACAGACUGGGACAUCUGCUAUAGUUAA